AUGGGUCCUAAAAAGCGAAAAGUGGACACUGAAAAUAGGAGAUUUUUGACUGAAUUGACUGAACAAUAUUGUUUUACGCUGCCUGAUAGGCCUCAAGCGGUUCCAGUUUGCUUAAUAUGUAAUAAAACUGUCGUUGUUAUUAAAAGUGGCAAUUUAAAGCGACACUAUGUAACAACUCAUCAGCAAUUCCACAAAAACUUUCCUCUUGGCAGUGAGGCGCGUAAAGAAAAACUACAGGAAUAUCUCACUUUUUACGAAAAAAGUACGAAAUUGCUGGUUCGCUGCAUGAGUGAGCAAGAAGAAUCGGCAGAAGCAGCGUUACGUGUGUGCGGGACACUUAGUAAACACCAAAAACCAUUUUCAGAUUCUGAAAUAAUGAAAGAAUGUAUGUUGGAAGUAGCCUCGGCACUUUUUGAAGAAAAAAAGGAUGUCGUUGCAAUUCAAAGUAUUCCAAUGUCGGCAAGAAGUAAUACAAGAAGAACGGAAAUUUCAGCUACUGAUAUUAAAAGCACUCUGCUUGAACUUUUGGAAAAGGCACCAUGCUACCCCAUUGCUCUUGACAAAUCAUGUGACAUGGUUGAUGAUGAACAGAUAUCUAUUUUCGUGAGAUUUUUCGACAUGGAAAAUAAGAUAUUUAGGGAAGAAUUGCUCGCAAUAUUGCCUUUGAAAGGUAACAAUCGAGGAGAAGAUUUAUUCAAAGCUAUUGACGAAUUUAUUAAUAAUUCCAACAUUCGUUAUGAUAAAAUAGUGUCGCUUUCAACUGACAACGCCCAGCGAUGA